AUGCAGGAGUCUCCGGGCGCCGCUGGCGUGGACGGGAUCUACGCCAGCAAUGUCCCUGCCUUCCUCACCAAGCUGUGGACUCUGGUGGAGGACCCAGACACCAACCAGCUCAUCUGCUGGAGCGCUACUGGAACAAGUUUCCACGUCUUUGACCAGGGCCGGUUUGCCAAAGAGGUUCUUCCUAAAUACUUUAAGCACAAUAACAUGGCCAGCUUCGUUCGACAGCUCAACAUGUACGGUUUCCGUAAGGUUGUGAACAUUGAGCAGAGUGGUCUGGUGAAGCCGGAGAGAGACGACACUGAGUUCCAACACCUGUACUUCCUCCAAGGCCAUGAGCACCUGCUGGAACACAUCAAGAGGAAGGUGUCCAUUGUGAAGAGUGAGGAGACCAAGGUGAGACAGGAGGACCUCAGCAAGCUGCUCUACGAGGUGCAGCUCCUGAGGACCCAGCAAGACAACAUGGAGUGUCAGAUGCAGGACAUGAAACAGCAGAAUGAGAUUUUAUGGCGAGAAGUUGUGUCACUGAGACAGAACCACACACAACAGCAGAAAGUCAUGAACAAGCUGAUUCAGUUUCUGUUCAGCCAGAUGCAACCCAACUCACCCAGCUCUGUGGGCCUGAAGAGAAAGCUGCCCCUGAUGUUAGAUGAGGGCUCUCCCAGUCCUCCUGCCUCUAAGUUCAGCCAUAGCCACACCCUGGAGAACCUACAGGAGCCAUUCUACAUACAGUCGCCAUCAAAUGAAGGGGCGUCUUGCUCUACGAGUGGGAUAACCGGGGGACCGAUCAUAUCAGAUGUCACUGACAUGUCCCAGCCAACCAGCAUGGACCUCCAGUUGCAGACGAAUGAGUCAAGGGACAAGUGCCUGAUGCUCAUCAAGGAGGAGCCAGUCAGUCCAGGAGUCAGAGGGGGGGGAGGAGGAGCCGUUGUGGGAGCAGAAGCCGGGCUGCUCCCCGCCUCCUGUGAGGUGUGCUCUGGGGAGCCCCCCGUCCUCCCCGUGGCCAUGGUCCAGUCCGUCCUGGAGGGGAGGGGCUCGGUGAGCUCGCUGGUGGAGAGGCGGAGCAAGAGAGGUGCCCUGGAGAGGGGGGAGGUGUCUGACACAGUGGAGAACGUGGACAUGAAUCUGGAGGACUUGCAGCAGCUCCUGCUUAGGAGCCACCAGCCAGGCCCCGUGGAGACCGGGACCACGACUGUCAUGGACCCCUUCAAUCUAAGCCUGCCUCUUACAGAGUGGAACUUCACUGAGAUGGAGUCCAACCUGAAAUCAUACAUGUUCCAGAACCAGGAAGCUGAAGCCUUUUCCACUAGUGGCUGUGAGGAGCAAUGACGGACCAACCACAGGCCAAAGAUUGACCGAGUAAGAAGUAGAAGCCAGUGUAAGAGUAGGGGUGAAGUCUCUAUCACCGCUCUCUAUCUUCUUCCUCUAUGAAGAACAUGUGAAUGUGAGUCUUUCUGUCCGCCAAACCAAAGAAGCUGCCAUCCCCCUACACAUGCUGCCAUUCAUUCAUGCAAAACUCCCAGCAGUUUUAAUAGAAGACAAUGGAGCCUGGAGAAGUACAUUGGAAUCAUCUUGCAGUCAUCUUUUCAGACCCUCCUCUUCAUAUCUCCAAUUGACAAAAAAUAAAAAAUACUUCCAUACACCGACAGCUGUGUGGUGGACCCACAGCUCCGUGUGAGGACCCAUGCUGCUAGGAGAACCAGAUGAUCAGUUCAGGACAACACCGACAAGUCCCUGGGCCUCACAGGCCACGGGACAUCUUUGAAACCGGAUGGAUUCUUCAUCACACCAUCGCUGUUUCACCACAUGGGAAAUGAUAAGGGGCUGAUGUGCUGCAGUGCUUGCUCCAUGGCAAUGGCAGGGUACUUCCUCACAGCGAUGGGCAGCAUGUCAGUUAAUUGGUGGCGGUGGUGGCGGUGAUGGUAAACAAUGACAGUGUUUUUACUGAUGAGCACUAUGUGCAUGGUGACAACAACAGCAACUCAGCUCGCCAGGCGCAAUGAGGGCUUAUCAGCUGUUGAUCAGGGAUACUUCAGCAGGCGACCAGAAGGAGCCAAUCAUGGGAGCCACCAGUAACCCUUCCAGGUACUAGGGGACCCCGCCCACUGACAUUCAUAGACUAUGGUUGGUAAGGUUGUAACUCAAAGUGGUUAUUCCAACACCAACAUUGGGGGUGUUUAUAACCAGAUCCCAAUAACCACACAGAUUACUGGAGAAUGUAACAGAAGAAAUAAUACUUGGUUUGUAUGCACUUUAGUCAUUGUGUGUUAGUGUGAGUGUUCUUGCUUAUGGAGGUGACGUUUGGAGAUGAAUAUUUGGAGGUGGAUAUUUGGUAACGCUUUAUGAUAACGUUUGGUCUUAUUGUGCGUUCACACCAGAAGCGAAUAUUUGCAAUGGGCCGCGUGUUUGCCCAAGCAAACAAACUUUACUAAACUUUACACCAACGUUUUUUUCCAACCAUUCAUUCUAAAUAAUGGUUGGGAUAACCGCCAGUACGAGUCUUUUCUUGUUUUGGAAGUACCAGACUUGCAUUGACUUUGUAUUGAUUAUCGCCGUGCCUUCGUUCGCAGUGUGAACACACAAUAAAGUAAUUUAGAAACCUUUAGUUAAUGGUUAACCAAACAUUAAUAAACAUUUGUAGAUUAUUAAUAAGUGCUAUGGAUAUCAACAGCCUACCAGCCGACUGUUGAUCUAUCCAUCAUACAUCUGGGCGGACACACUUGUUAUCACUAGAGGGUCAAUUUAGAAUACAUGGUUUGUAAUGUCAAAUCAACAUCACUGUUGAUAAAAUAGGGCCCUUUAACAUAGCACUUAUUAGUGCUAUGUGUUAGUGUACAUUAAUGUGCUAGUGUACAUUAAUGUUUGGUUAAUGAUUACUUUCUCAAUAAUUAAAGCAUUAUAAAUGAAUCCUUUCUUAAUUAUUAGGUCAUUAUUAACUAAAGGCUUUUAAAUUACUUAUGAGAUAACAUUAUUAUGAGAUGUCACCGGGCAUUUUUUUUUGCAUUAUUUUCAUGGUCCACAAGAUAUGUUAAUUAUGUUUACAAAAAUCUUAAAAAAUAUAUAUAUAUAUUGAAAUACAAUGAUAAAGCGCUCCUUCGUGACGCAUUACCCUUUGAAAACAAUAACUGUCUAUUUGCCAGCCUAUUAUACAGGCAUUGAUAAACAUUGUACUCUCAGUCUAUUUCAAUGUUAUGGGUCAAAAUGGAUUGGAAGGAUUUUUCAUAUAUAGCAAUAAUAUUAUAUUGCAUCUUUGCACAUGUUGUAUCUAUCUUUUGAGGAAGAGCUCAAGUAUACAGAAUGCAUACUAUAUUUUUCUUGAAAUGGCCUGGGGCUACCUUGACCUGACAGAGUGAGAAAACUCUGGCUCUGCCUGUCUUAAUGUCACAAACAGGACUUUUAUUUCAAAAUUUGAUAGUUAAAACAGCAAAAGGAAACUGCAAUGCUCACAGCUAUUUGCUAUGUUCCAUUACAUUUGGGGUUCCCAGUUCUGUGUUCAGUGUACUUUAAAAUGCAUCCACUAAUGUAAUAGGUCCUUAUGGACAACUCAAUCAGCAACCAAAUAAUAAUAACUUCGAAAAUACAUUUAGAUUUCUAUGGUAUUUACUUCCAAGCUUUGAAUAGUUUGUAUCAUUAAAUUAUCGUAAAUCCAUUUUACGUCAUCGGUGAGCUGCGCCCUGGAUGCAGGUUCAUAUUUCUAAGAAAAGCAUGUCUUAUAUACAUAUACUACUUUUGGAAAACUAGAACCAGUUCUUAACAUACUCCAUUGUGCAAUAUUAAACUCAGUCAUUAAGGUUCUGAAGCUGCAACACAUUAAUGACAUGAGGAAUGUAUUGAGGGGCAAUAGCAUUGCAGUUGGGUAUGUAAUAGUUGGUUAAAAUAGUAUUGCCUAACAGAAUCUUAGCUUUCUAAUAAUUGCAAUGGCUGUGGCAGGUACUCUAUGUUAGCUUUUUAUCUUAAGUAUGUGUUAGAAAUUAUGUCCCAACCUAUUCUCAAAAACGUGUUCAGAUUAUUACAGUUCUAAAAAUAAUAUACCAGUAGAUACUAUACAUUUUUGUUUCAUACAAACUAUUUUCGGCCUUAUUAAACUAGAUCUUUUAACCAAUUACGAUUGCUCCUAAACAUUCACAAAAGGUCAAAGGGUAAAUUGUAACCUCACUUAAAGGGAUACGCCAAGUUAUCUGUAAAUACCUUUUUGCCUAUUUGACCAGAUUAAGAUUAAUUGUUUCAUCAAAAUUCAUCAUUGUUUGUCCUGAAGGGGAUUUUUCUGGGUUAUAUUUGCUUUCCGCUUGCCAACUUAAUUAACUUGCAGAGCUACAGUAGCCUCGCUCCUGUUCAUGUGAGGGGUCUACGCAGGGAAUGGAAAUGUCGACCGAAUAAAUCCCCUUCUGGAUGUACAAUGAUGAAUUUGGCAUUAGACAACUCCUCUGAAUUUGGGUAAAACAGGCAAACACCAAUUUACAGACACCUCGGUGUAACCCUUUAAGGUAAGUUAUUAUUUUCAUGGGUAGUGUGCAUGUUUGGUGGAAAGGGUAGCAAACCAUGGUGUAUUACAAACGAUAUUGCACUAAGAAUUACACUUGUAUGACGGUUCAUUUUUCAAUGAAUUUAUUUUUGUUCUUCCAGGUAAAUUAUAAUAUGCGUGUCGUUGAGGUUUUAUUUUUUUCCAUACGAGUGAUAUACAAAUUAACUUGCUCUUUUGUUCAGCAUUUUUUGUUUUUAAUUUCAUGCCCUUGCACUGGUAAUUAUCCACUGUGUAUUCAAAUGAACUUUACGCUUGUCACAUUGCUGAUUAUGAAUAUUUUGUUGGUUAACUAACUUGGAGUAUUCCUCUCUUGUAAUGAAGCCUAUAGCGUCCCAAAAGCAUCUUUGCACUACGCUCCUACAAUGCAAUAUGAUCACAUUUCCUCCGCCAUUGCCUGAUAUAAUACAUGACAAUCCAACAGAUAAAUAGUAGGCCUACUUCCACACAUACACAAUCCCUCAUACAUACAACAUUACAACAAUACCAAUCCAUUGAUGGACAUUGUUUCGAUAUCUAACUCCUAUAACUCCUUUUUCAGUAAUUUUCGGGGUGAAUCGGUUAAUCGGCUGAGUCACUUCAUCCAUUUAAAUUUAAGUGAGUUGGGCAAUGAGUGCCAUUCUGCAGUUGCUUUUGCUAAAGUAAGCCUCUUGAUGCUGCUGGAUAGGUUAAUUAUUUAACACUAUCUACAUUAAUUAGUGUAUAUUACAGUUUAUUGCAAAAGAGUCUUGAACAUGUAUGCUACAUUUGUAUGAAAAAAUACAUUCAAAGGUUCAUUAAAAGCGUUUCAUCCUUG